AUGUCGAAAUUUCACUUUAACCCAAUCCCUAUUUAUAACCGAACUAUUAAUUAUUUUCCAAACAUAGAAACUUUAAACUUGUGGGAUGCCAAUGAUCCCAAUUUUGGAAAUGACAUUUAUGACAUUACAUAUUUUCCUACAUACAAAAGAAAUUUCUUUCAAGUCAACAUAUGGUUUGAAGUGACAUUCACUGAUUACCUCAAUGUAGGUGCCAUCUCUUAUUUGUCAUUUAAAAAUUUGGUUGUAACUAACAAAGACCAAAAAUCCUUUAAAAAAAUUCGGUCAAUUGAAAUCCCACAAAAUGUUCGUAAAUUAGAAGAAAUGUGUUUUUGUGGAAAUGGUUCUAUUCAAUCGGUGAGUCUUCCUCCAACCGUCACUAUAUUAGGAAGAAAGUCUUUGUGUUCAUGCAAGUCACUUUCUAUAGUAGAAAUGUCAGAGAAUAUAUACUCCAUUGGAGAGUCCUGUUUUUUCAAUUGCGAUUCGCUCACUUCUAUUAAACUCCCAAAUUACACAAUACGGAAUUUACCAUAUAGAGCAUUUGCGCGUUGUAUUAGACUUAAAGAAUUCACAAUACCAAAGAGUGUGACCCAACUUGGAGCAGACUGUUUUAAUGGGUGUGUCAUGUUAAAAGAAAUGAAUAUCCCAAGUUCAGUUGUUUCAAUCGGCAGAGAGUGCUUCUCAAGAUGUGAAACCCUUUCAAUUGUUAACAUACCCCAAAGUGUCAGUUUAAUAGGCAAUGGGUGCUUUUCUAAGUGUAUAAAUUGCUCAGUAUAG